AUAUAUAAUCUCGACAUUUUCUUUUUUUUAAAAAAAUUUAAAUGAUUCUAGAAACAUGCGGAUAUUUAAAAUUUAAAUAAAACACACAAAAAAGAACAAACAAAAUAAAAAUACACCUUGUUUCUUGUUGUCAAGAGAAUAUACAUUACAUAUCUAUAUCUAUUUAAUCAUUAUUAUGUCACAAGAAGUUUGGCGUAAUAAAACUGAAAGUAUUAGUUCAUUAGAUCGUUUAGCUAGAAAUACAUUAACAAUGGAUUUACCCGAAGCAAGAAGUUGUCGUGAAGCACGUGAACAAAGUCGUAAAGAAAUGCAUGUAUUAAAUGAGAAAUUAGCAUCACAACUUGAAAAGAUGCGUAUUUUAUCUGAACAGAAUAAAAAAUUAAUGAACGAUAAUGGAUCAAUUAAUCGUUUAUCUAAAGAAACUGAAAAAAUUCGUUCAAUGUAUAAUACAGAAUUAAAACAAUUAAGACAUUUAGUCGAUGAAUGUGAACGUGAAAAAGCUGAUAGUUUAGCAAAAAUUGCACAUUUACAACAGACUAUAAGAAAUAAACAAGAUCAAAUUAAUCAAUUAAAUCAAAAUAAUCAACGUUUAGCAAAACAACUGGAUGAUGCUUUAAAAGAAUCUAGUAUUAAAGAUGCUGACAAACUUCAAUUAGAACGUCAUAUUAAACAAGCCGAAGAAGAGGCACAUCGAUGGCGUACAACAGCUGAACAACAGAAACAAGCGAAUAGUCAAUUGCAUAAAAACUUAGAUGAAGAAACAGCUAGUCGUAUGACGUGUCAAUCAGAAAUGCAAACAUUAAAAGAAGAAAUGGAAUUUUAUCGUCGUGUACACCAACAAGAAAUUGAAGAAUUACGUUCAAUAAAUAAUACUGUUAACGAUGAUCAAGAUGUUGAACAUUGGCGUCAAUUAAUGCAAAAGACGAUUCGUGAUAUUAAACUGGAAUAUGAUAAUCGAUUAGAUCGUAUUCGUGAAGAGAUGGAACAAAGUUAUAUAUUGAGAUUGGAUGAAUUAAAUAGACAAGAUUCAUCACAACGAACUGAAUUUAAUAGAUUACAAGAAGAAAAUUCAAAACUUAAAAGUGCUUUAGAAGGUACACGAGGUCGUGAUGAUCAAUUACGUGCAAGAUGUGAUCAACUGGAACGUUCUUUAAAUGAUUCAGUUGAAGAGUCAAGAAAUUUACGGAAUCAACUGAAUAAACUUCUUGCUGAAUCUGAACAUGAUAAACAAUCAGCUGAGGAAGCUUUAACAAGACUUCAUAAAGAAUUAUCUUCAUUGACUGAUGCAAAAUUGAAUUUAGAAGCGGAAAUUGCUGCUUAUAGUCGAUUAUUAGAUGCACAAGAUUCUCUAAUAUCAAAUACAAAAUCUCAUUCACAUGAAAAACAGAACCCACAUCAAUCUCAUCAUUCUAAUCGAUCAGGAUCAGGAAAUUAUCGACCACGUAAUGAAUUAAAUGUUCAUGUUCCAUCCUAUUCAACAGCGACAUCACCACAUCAUAAACAACCCCAUAAUAAUGUUUCCGGAAGAUGGACAGAAAGGGAAGAACCUAGCGGUCAGUCAACUAGAUCACAUCAUUUUGUUGAACGAUCUAUUGAAGGUAAUCAUCACUUAUCUUGUAGUUAUUCUGAUCUUGAUAAACAACAAAAUUCAAUGAGUCAUAGUGAAACAUUUACACGUGGACAUUUAGUUAUUAAUGAAUGUGCAAAGAAUGGAUCUUAUAUUGAAAUAACAAAUAAAGGAAAUACAGAAGAAUCUCUAUUCGGUUGGUGUCUUAUUAGAAAUAUUGAUCAAGGAAGACAGAUAAUUCGAUAUACAUUUCCUAAUCACACUUUAUCGCCUCAUUCAAGUGUUAAAAUUUGGGCAGGUAAACCAACUACACGUAAUUCCAAUACAAAUGAUAUUGAAGCACCAUAUUCAACUUGGGGUACUGGUUCAUACAUUCAAACAAGUCUUUAUAAUCCAGAUGGUUUAGAAAAAGCAACACAUAUACAAAAAUUACAAUGAAAUCAAUUGGUCUAUCUAAGGGUAUCUAGAAGAAUAACAUCGUGACAAAACAUCAUAAAGUACUGUUCUCGUUUGUUGUUGUUCUUAUUGUUAGUGUUCUUGUUAAUUGUACUGCACAUAUCAUGUAUUCCUUUUCUACUAUUUAGUGUAAUACAGUUUUUUGUUUUUUUCAUUUUUUUUAUAAAAAAAAUCUUAAUUUGUUUAUUUUAAAAUUCUUUUUAUGAUUAUUAUUGUUGUUGCUGUUGUUGGGUGAGUGGGUGGGUGGUUGUUUGAUGGUAGGUGGAAUAGUUGAAAAAUGAUCUUAAAUUAAUCAGUAGUUUGUAAGUAGUUUAGAUUUGUUUGUUUUUUUUCUUUCCCCUUUAAAAAAAAACAAUGUAACCCCUAUAUAUUUGAAUUUUGUUUUUAUUUAUUUACAGUUUUUAGACUGAAUUAACAUUUUUUUUUAAAAAAAAAUAAGCAAAUCAUUUUCUAUGAUGAGUUGGAGUUUGUGCACAUAUUGUACAGUUUGUUUUUUUAAUAUUAUUUUUCACUUUAAUAUACACUGCCAUAUAUUA